CCACCAAACCAAUAUCAAAACAAAACUCAACCAAAAUUACAUAGAUGCGUGAGAUUGUUCAUAUUCAAGCUGGUCAGUGCGGUAACCAAGUUGGUGCUUCCUUUUGGUCCCAAAUUGCCGAUGAACAUGGAUUGGAUGCUGCAGGAAUCUGUCGCGGUACAUCAGAUGAGCAACUUGAACGGCUGAACGUUUAUUUUAAUGAGGCUGCUGCUGGAAAAUAUGUCCCUCGCGCUGUUCUUGUCGAUUUAGAACCCGGUACCAUGGAUGCUGUUAAGGGAGGAAAGUUUGGCAAUUUAUUCCGCCCUGACAACAUUAUUUAUGGUCAAUCUGGCGCUGGAAAUAUUUGGGCCAAGGGUCACUAUACUGAGGGUGCUGAAUUGGCCGACGCUGUUUUAGAUGUUGUUCGCCGUGAAGCUGAAGCUUGCGAUGCUCUUCAAGGUUUCCAAUUGACUCAUUCUUUGGGUGGUGGUACCGGUUCCGGUAUGGGUACCUUGUUACUCUCAAAGAUUCGUGAAGAGUACCCCGACCGUAUGAUGGCAACCUUCUCUGUUGCUCCUGCUCCUAAGUCUUCGGAUACUGUUGUUGAGCCUUAUAAUGCUACUCUUUCCAUGCAUCAAUUGGUCGAAAACUCCGAUGAAACCUUCUGUAUUGAUAAUGAAGCUUUGUCUUCUAUUUUUGCUAAUACCCUCAAAAUUAAGAGCCCUUCUUAUGAUGAUCUCAACCAUCUUGUCUCUGCUGUUAUGGCUGGUGUCACCACUUCUUUCCGAUUCCCUGGUGAGCUAAACUCUGACUUGCGCAAGCUGGCUGUUAACAUGGUUCCAUUCCCUCGUUUGCAUUUCUUUAUGGUCGGUUUUGCUCCCCUUGCUGCCAUUGGAUCAAGCUCUUUCCAAGCAGUUUCUGUACCUGAACUUACUCAACAAAUGUUUUCUGCCAAUAACAUGAUGGUUGCAGCUGAUCCACGCCAUGGUCGCUAUUUGACUGUUGCCGCUCUUUUCCGCGGUAAGGUUUCAAUGAAGGAAGUCGAUGAGCAAAUUCGCUCUGUGCAAACUAAGAAUUCUGCUUAUUUCGUUGAGUGGAUUCCCGACAAUGUUCUUAAGGCUGUCUGCUCCGUACCUCCCAAAGAUCUCAAAAUGUCUGCUACUUUCAUUGGAAAUAGCACAUCUAUUCAAGAAGUCUUUAGACGCUUGGGUGACCAAUUUUCUGCCAUGUUCAGAAGAAAGGCUUUCUUGCACUGGUAUACUGGAGAGGGUAUGGAUGAAAUGGAAUUCACUGAAGCUGAGUCCAACAUGAAUGACCUUGUCAGUGAGUAUCAACAAUACCAAGAAGCUGGUAUUGAUGAAAUUGACGAAGACUAUGAAAUUGAAGAAGAGAAGGAGCCUCUUGAAUAUUAAACUUUUCUGCUCCCGUUUAGGAUUUUCUUACUUACCAUCCAUAAUUUAACUCGUGUGCUCAUCUCAACGUUCCCAUUCAUAUUUUAUAUAACUUUUUCAUUUAUUUACAAUUACUUGUUGUUACCUGCCUUUUCCUUUCUUUUUUAUUGAUAUUGGACCAUGUUUGCGUUGAACGCUCGCUCUUUUUCUCUUUUCAUUUUCAAAGAUGUCGUUCACUUACUCAACAUAGCUUCAGCCAUUGUCUAUCUAGGUAAAUCUCAUUAAAAAUAUACCGUUUGUUGGUGUUUGAUGCUAUAGAAUUAUGUUUUUGUUAAAUUGUAAUACAUACGUCGACUUGCAAAGUUCUAUGUAGUCAAGGAGGUUUAGAAGCAGAUCGUAAAAUAUCCAUCCUAUUUUUAUGCCC